CCUCAAUACCCCACCACUCGCAACACAAUGCGCUUCACCCUCCUUACACUUACAGCCUCUUUGUUGCUUUUGACUCACCAGGCAUUCGCCGGUGAGGAUAACAUUGACCCACCAUUAAAUUCAACCAGCACAAUCCAAAGCUUCAGUUUCCAGCGCAAGCUAUCAUGGACCAACCAAGAUUUUGACGUGACCCAGGACGGCAAUAACGCCCACAUCAUGUCUGUUGAAGCCCAUCUAAAAGAUAAAUGGAUGAAAGCCCAUUUUGCCUUGGAUCUCGUCCUGCCUAGUGGUGAACGUGUAGGAAUCAAAGUCGAGGGAAAACUAGUGCACUGCGGCUUCACGCAAACUUACAAGAUAUCGAAUGGCGUCCAAUUACUAGUUGAUCCACGCGGAACGUUCACCGAUCGAUGGUACAUCAAGAAGUCGGGAUACAUCAAGCAGGCAUACACUUGGCACCGCCACUUGCGAGGGCUCUCAGGUGUUGUCACGGGCGAGCAUGGUAGAAAAGUUGCUUAUUUUUCAGCUAAAACCUGGGGCAGUUCGUUCUUGGCGGGUCUGAGUCAUUCGAAAUGGCCUCAAACAUCACGGUACACCAUAAAAACCAACGGAGAGGUACCUUUAGAAAUAUUGGUUGCACUCUAUGUCAGUGCAGCUGUCAGAAAGGACUUGUGCGGCUGGUGA